AAGCAACACACAAGAGAACACACACUUUAACAAGAGGACUCAUCACUGAACACACACUGAAGAUGCUGUGCUCUAAUGGAUUCCACUCUGCCCUCAGUCCAUUCAUGGACUUCCACUGGCCUGUACACACUCUGAGGUCAGAGGUCAGGCCUCUGCUCUACCAGCAGGAUCUACUGCAGAGAAACCUAAAGGAGCUCCGCAGCAGUCUGGAGCUGAUGGACAAACUUCAACACAAGAUCCAGGAGGAGACGGAGCCCUUCCAAACCAGCGCAGCCGUGCAACCGGUCUCCUUCCAGCUGGAGAAAGAGGGAGAGCACUUCGGCCUGACCCUGGACACUCGAGGCUUUUCCCCAGAGGAGCUGUCUGUCAGACAGGAGGGCAGGAAGCUGAGAGUCAGCGGGAAGACAGAGAAGAAGCAGGAGGAUGGGAAAGGCUCCUACUCUUACAGACUCCAG